AUGCCUGGAAAAUUACAAGAGGAAGUAGAAUACCAAGAUCCCUUCUCUUUGACUCCGGAGCAGGAAAGACUGAAAUGUGGGCUCGAAAAUGAUUCUCUAAUCGGUUUAGGACCGUCUCCGUUGUCUGCAUCAUCUACGAAAGGACAGUCCAAGAGGCCCACGUUACAUACUCGACUAUCAUCCUCGGGAUCACUUUCACAGACUCAGGGGAUGCUACUGUCUCCCAUAAUCAAUCGCAUUUCCACCAAGAACCAGCCACGAUCAUUGCAUGCGAAUCCGAAAAGAAGACAGUUCAAUCAAUCAGAAGACAAUAUAAACGUGAGCUCCACUGCACUCAACACAAGCGAGAAAGAGAAGAGGAGGCUAGUUGAGCAGUUCUACAAUUCUAUUAAUGGGUCCACCCCAAACAAAAUUGCAAGUUCUAUGGAUAUUGGAUCUACGAGUUCCAGAGAUUUAUCUAGUAGAAGCAUUGAAAAUGGAGGAUUAUCAUUCAAGCCGUUUGAUAACAGAAUAUUGAAUUACAAAGGGUUGAUAAAGUGGCUUUUUAAUAUUGAAGUGCUUACGAAUGAUUUGCUUAGUAAAGGUAAUGAAGAUAGGCCCACAUUAGCCCCAUUGCGUGAUGUCAUCGAAUCGAUUUCUGCCAAAGUCGUAGCAAGAGCCAAAACUAGCAUAUACGAUCCCAUAAUACCUGAAUCGAUAGCGGAGCUUCUAGAACUAUCCAAGUCGUUGUCUGAUGUACUUGAAUCGACGCAAAAGACACUGGAAGAGCUUGAAAGAGAGAGAGAACCAACACUUCACAGAUAUCAGGACGAGAUCAAACAAUCACUCGAUAAGCUUCACGACACUAUAGCGACUUUAGAUGUGUUGGAGUCUAAGCUUUCGAUGAUUAAGAGUAAAAUUUCGAGCAAUAAAAAUAUAAUGUCGUCUACGUUAGUGGAGAAAUUGAGUACCCUUGAAAGGGUUAACUUACGCUUUGCUGAACACUCUAGAAAGAUGAGAAAAAAGAGAUUUCAAGAGCUUGCCAUUGCGGUAUCCGUUAUCGUAUUCUUCUUUGUCAUAUAUCUUAGUUAUAGAUAA